AUGCUCGGUGCAGCCGCCGCCGCCACCAAGUCUGGUGAGAGGACGCCUAAGACUUCAAACGCCCUCAGGCUCUCCAAGCUGCGCUGGAACAACUCGAGCACCUCUUCCAUAGACCAGCGUGGCGGCUGGCGCCAAGGCGAUUCUCCUCAGGGCUGGUCGAGGUCAGACGAUGCCCUCGAUGACCCCUACAGCCGGGGCGCCGCCUCGUACGGCAAGCAGACCUACCUCAGCCCCGAAGAGCGCUACCAUCAGCAGACGGCGGCUCCGACGGCGAGCUCCGACACUCUGAGACCCAAGACGGCGCUCAAUGUGCAUCGUGACCUGCCCGAUCUUCCGCCAGAAGCCCAUGCCGGCUACGAGCCCGACCACGGCGCUGGGCCCUCGGGCUGGCGAUCUCCUAUCGAGGUGCAGUCGCGUGAGCCCCGUCCUCGAAACUCGCUUGAGAACGGCAGCCUACACAGCGCCGGAGGUGACCGGUACGCUACGGCCGGACCCGGACCGAGUCCGCGCCUCAACGGCCCCGACACUCCCAAGGCGUUGCAGUCGAUCCGGUUUGGCGCCUCGGCCACUUCGGCCACCGUCAGCGCCGGACUCAAGAAGCUGGGCAAGGCGUCUGCGGCAAAGCUGCGCCGGCCCCUGACGGCGCAGGAUGGCGGAACGUCAGGGCCGCACUCUGGCUCGUCGCACGGCUUCUUCCAGAGGUCGGCCAACCACGCCAAGGCGCCCACGGUCGCUUCGGACGGCGCCGACGCCGAUCUCAGUCCAACGGAUGCGUACGCUGGUCUGGCCGAGCCAACGUACGAGGACGACCCCAGGAUCGGUCUUCCCUAUGACGUCUCGCACAACGUCCACGUCGACGUUGGCCCGCAGGGCUACACUGGCCUGCCCAGCUCUUGGGCGCAGGUGCUGAACGCCUACGGCAUGGAUGCCGACAGGGUGCGCGAGGAUCCGGCGGCGGCGGCGAGGCUGAUCAAGGAGAGGACCGAGUACUACGUGCGCAAGGAGGCGGAGCGCGGCGAGGACCCGGAGCUCGCCCGCGACCGGCUCUACGGCCAGCUGCGGCAGGAGCAGCAAGACAUUGACUUUGAUCUCGUCGCGGCCCAGUCGCCCCACGCCCGGAAUCGAGCGUCGGUCGCCAGCACGUCCUACAGCAGCGUCCUCGAGCAGGCCUGGGACUUUAGCCCACAGGGGGCCUUCAAGGAAGGUGUCGAAUUUUCGCCCGUGUUUGGCAAGAGUCCGCUGCUUCCGGACCUCAAGGCAGACGACGACUGGGCCUCUUCGUUGCUCAGUGCGUUGCCCGCCACCGAGCCGCCGAGCAGCUCGAGCCAGGGCGAGCAACCACAGCCGUCGUCGUCCUCGUCGCCAUCGCCAUCGCCGUCAUCGCCAAAGCCGGCUGGCCACCUUUCUCCCAUGAUCGGCGGCCUCGGCAUCCACGGCACCGGCCGAUCGCCAAAGACUAAGGCAGCUCAGCUGAGCGCGCCGCCCACGGCCGUCGCCCCGAGACCACCGGCCCCACAUCAGGGCGGCAGCCUUCGCUCGCCCGCAAGCAGCCAGGAUGCCGCCGCCACGCGCGACUGGGACGGAGGAGAGCCGGACGCAGGCUACCGGAGCGGCCGCAACCUGAACAUCGCGGGGACCGAGCACACCGAGAUCGAUUACCGCGACAUCGAUUACGAGGACGACGAUGCCGAGGAGGUGCGCAUCACCCAGGCGUCGAAGGCUACCAAGGGCAAGCCUAUGCCGAUCCGCGCCUCGAUGCUGAGCGGCCGCCGCAAUUCGCCGGCAGGCCUGACGCCAGAGUUCUCUAGUCCAGGAAUCAGUCCGAGCUCGACUUCGACCGACUUUAACUCGGCCCACAGCCAUACGUCGAGGCUGACGAUGACGUCCGGGUCCAACCACCACGCAGCGCCAGCCCCGCCCAUCGAGAGGCGGAUGAUCUCGCGGCCAGGUCACAGUCCAGCACCGCUGCAGGUGCCUCACGAAGGAUGGCGUGGCAUGACCGACCCGGAGCGAGCGUCGUCGCCCGGGGGUGCCAGCUCGUCUGGCCACUCGUCGGGCUACCAUCGCAACCUCAGUCCUGGCUUGUCGGCCCGGUCGCCAUCACAGCCCUCGCCGUUGCUGAGCGGGGCCAGCUAUCACGCCGCUGCGCUGCCCGGAUCGCCAGCCUCCUUUAGCAGUUCGCUGCGCACUACCGCUUCGCCCAUCGUCCCACCCAAGGACUGGCCGGGAUCCGGCAGUCAGUCCGCCCAGCCCGACCACGCGCCAGGACACGCUGCCUAUCCCGCACGAAGCCCGGUGCCCAGCGCCUCGGCAUCGCCGUUGCUAUCGAGGCGCCCGCUGACGCAAGAGAGCUGGACCCGGCUGGGAUCCGCGUCAGCAGCGUCUAGCUGUUCGGAGAGCCUCCAGAGCCACAGCCAGGGCCACAGCCAGGGUCACAGCCAGGGUCACAGCCAGGGUCACAGCCAGACCAACAGCGGUUCCUCUGACAGCAACCACAAUCGCGCUCGCGGCCUUGGCCUUCGCGAGAGGCGCAACAUCCCGCCUCGCAUCUACCCGCCCUCAACCGCAGUAACGCGAUGGUCGAAUGCCGCCGCCUCUGCCGCGUCUGCGUCCUCAGAGGAGGCCAGCUCGCCCUACGGGACCGGCUUCAGGAGGGCGACGCCGACCAACGUCAGCAAGAAGACGUCUCAGGAUAGCCUGGCUCGGGUGGCGCAGCAGGAGAGCCUCUUUGAGCGGAACCGGACGCCGGACUAUAUCCGCGCGGGUUCGGCGAGCGUGUCGUCCCAAGGGCACGGGCACGGGCACGGCAGGGCCUCUCCACGAAGCAUGGUCUCGGACAGCGAGCUGGCUUCGGCGCAGUCGCACAGCUCGCUGGCGAGGUCCUCUGACCUGCAGCACAACUCGAUCUUCUCGGCGUCGACCGGGCACACCAACGCGCCCUACUCGCGGUCGAGCUCGGGCUCGUUCAGCUCAGUUCGAAGCUCAGUAGGACCGCCGCCGCCACCUCCUCCACCAAAGCCCUCAAAGGCUCCGAGGCAGCCCGAAUACAUCCUGCCUGGAGCCGAUGGCUUCUACUCACUGCCUUCCUCGAGCUCUGGACCACGGAGCGCAGGCAAUGAUGCUGGCACCGCCGGAGCUGGGCGCGAGCAUACGGCAAGGGUGCACCCUCCGACGCUCCCCUCGCCCUCGAGCGACCCGCGCGACGCGGACGAUGCGGUCGAGGAGUGGCUCGCCGACGACGACGCCUCUGUGCGGUCGUCGACCAUGACGCCUGCGUUUGCCGAUGCGCCAGAAAGUCCAUCGGACAUUACACGUGCCUCGCCAUUCUUCCAACCAGCCUACCACGGUUCACCGCCCUCUGUCGACUCGAGAGCGGAUCGAGAGUUUCAGCAGCAGCAGCAGCAGCAGCAGCAGCAGCAGCAGUACGACAGCGACAGUCGAUCCAAACCUCAGCGCGCUCACUCCCCGCAAGACUUGCGCCAGGUGCCCGGCCACGGUCCUGCAACAGCACUGCCCGCCGUCAUCCCCACCACGGCGUCCGCGGCUGGCUCUACCGGCGAUUCUCCGCGCAGCAGCACCAGCCAGCCCGCGUCUGAGGCGACGGAGAAGGCGAGCCCUUACGUUCGCGCGGCUGCACGCUCGCCGGUGCCCACGUUUACGAGAAGCCGGCCCGACGACGACGACCUCGACGACGGCGAUGGCAUGGAAUGGGAAGGCAACGAAGCCGAGUUCCUCGACAGCCAUGGUGGCCCUGGGGAGCACCACGGCCCCGACUCCUUCCCGCCUCACCGCGUCAGCAGCGACGUCCGUCGCUUCCCCGUCUCGAUGCAUUACGCCAGCGGGUUUGAUACAGACUCGGUGUUCGGCGACGACAACGAGAAGAUCCGGACGUUCCGGGAGCUGAUGCUGGCGCGGCAGUCGAUGGAUCUGGACGACGUGAUGCCCAUGUCGUUGGGCGUCGAUGACACGCCGCCCGUGCCGCCGCUGCCGCCACCAAAGGAGUUUGCCACCCAAAACAUGGGGCUUCGACCAUCCGCGACCGAGACGAGGCCGCAGACGCAGGCGCAGGCGCAGGCGCAGGCGCCGACGCCCGUGAUACAGCACGACUCGCGUCCUACGGCUCCACCUUCCAAUCAACAGACUCCAAAAGCCCCGUCGCAGCCGGAGCGGCUCGAUCGCACCCAGCCAAAGGCGGCGCCCACGGUGGCCAGCCGCGACCCAGUCCGGGCACCGACCCCGCCGCAUCUGCCGGAGAGGCUAGCCUACCUCGAGGGCAUCCUCUCUCCCACGCCCGCACCCGGGAGCUUCGAAGACAUCGAGAUGAUUGGGGACGGCGAGAGCGGACCGGUCUACGCAGCCACAAAGGUGGCCAGCCGGGGCAGGGUCGCGAUCAAGGUGGUGCAGGUGCCCGAUGCCGAGGGCGAGACGUCGCUGCGGCUGCAGGAGCUGCCAAAGGAGGUGGCGCUGUGGCGCAGCUGCAUCCACCCGCACCUCAUCAGCCUCGACGCCGUCUUCCUGCAGGGCGAUGCGGUGUGGAUUGUGCAGGAGCUGGCCGACCGCAGCCUGGCGGAUCUGAUUGCGCUCAAGGGUGCCGGCAUCGAGCUCCAAGAGGACCACAUGAGCCGCAUCAUGGCCGAUCUGGUGGACGCGCUCCAGUUCCUCCACGCGCGCAAGGUCAUCCACCGCGACGUGCGGUCGGACAACAUCAUGCUCUCUGCGUCGGGGGCGGCCAAGAUCAGCGACUUCACCCACGCCAGCCAGCUCGGGCCGGGCAACGUGAGCCGGCGUUCGGUGGUGGGCACGCCGUACUGGAUGGCGCCCGAAGUGAUCCGGGCGGACUCGUACGACGUCCGGUGCGACAUCUGGUCGCUCGGUGUGGUGCUGUGGGAGAUGAUCGAGGGCGAUCCGCCGCGCGUCGACUUCCCGCCGCUGCGCGCCAUCACGCUGACGGCCAAGAUGGGCCUGCCUGCGCUGAGCGACCCGAGCGCAGCGUCGUAUGAGCUCAAGCAGUUCCUGCACUGGGCCACCGAGAUGGAUCCGGACAAGCGGCCCAGCGCCGAAAUGCUCGCCAUGAGCGAGUUCCUUUCCAACCCUUGCGAGCGAUCAGAGAUUGCGCAACUGCUGCAGGUGGCGCGAAGGAUCGAGGCCGAGGCCGAAGACGACGACGACGAUGCAGGUAACGGCGAUGACGACGGCGACGACGACGAUGGCGAACGCACGAGUGCGGGCCACGGCGGCGGCGGCGGAGCGGCGCGACAACGCGAAAGCUGGAACAGCGACUCGACGACCAAGGGAUGA